GAAAGUUCCCUCUACCCGGGAUAUCCUUCUUUUUGGAGGCAUAUUGCAGGUUCCGUAUACAUCUCGAGCUACAGACACAUGAAACCAGCCGCGAUAAUACAACAAUCUUCGCGUGGAUAAAUGUAAUGUAGGUGAUUGAUUGAGGGGUACAUGUACUGUACAUUACAGAGUGCAAUGUUGAAGCAGCAGAGCAGGUACCGGCGAUACAAGCGCCUUUCCACGGUACAUGUAACAUGUACAUUACACCACAUCCCCAUCUUCUUGCGGUCUAAGUUAUAACUGCUCUACAACAAUCAACCUGUAGUAUUUAUUAUAUUGCAGCAUUGUCCAGUAUAUAUAGAGUUACCCCGGACAGAGCAGGCAUUGGAGUCCAUCUACGGAGUAUGCAGCUAGAGAGAUACACACUUCCCUACCUACCUUGACGCCCGCCAAGCCAAUCCGCCUCCGCCAUCGUCCCGCUUGCCCGCAGCAUGUCCCCUCGCCAGCCCUGACCUCGGCAUCGCAUCCUCGCCCAGUCAGUCACCGCCCAAGCUGGUGGGGAGCUUCCCGUUCUCCUCCGACCCUUCUACACUAACUACUAACUACAAACUACACAAACUACUUACCUUACCGUACUCCGCAACGACGACUAACCAACCACUACCUACUCACUCUACUGCUGCUACAACUCUCCAAUUCCUCUGCCAACUCCAGCGCUGAGCAACCGGACCCGGCUACUAUUUUGGACCCCUCCCUCGACUGCUAAAUAACACUCCGACUACUGCCGCUAACUAGUUCCUAUCUGCAAUCCGUCAUCUAAAUCGUCUUCUUCUUCUGCCUCUUGCUCACGAUUCUUCUGCUUUCAUCGCUCCCUCCCCUCUCCUUCCCUCCUUCCCCCCCCCCCCCCCCUCCCCCUCUCCCAUCCUCUCCGCCCCCUCUCCUCCUCCCUUCUCCCUCCUCCCCUCGAGGCAUUCUGAACUCAUUCCCCACGGUGCCUGCAGACCCCAAUUGGCAUCAUGUGGAGGGCUUCAGAGAAGCUGAUGGACACCAUCCGUCACUAUGCCUCGUUUCCCGCAACCGGUGUCUCCCUCAGGCAGAUGGUCCAGUUCGGCGACAGGCCGUCAACGGGAACUCUCUUCCGUGCCUCCCAGUUCUUGUCCGAAGAGCUCCCCAUUCGCCUUGCACACCGCGUCCAGGAGCUGGACGAUCUGCCAGAUGGAUUGAACGAAAUGCCGUCCAUACAGAAAGUCCGCGAUUGGUAUGCGCAGUCGUUCGAGGAAAUCAUCACUCUUCCCCGCCCAACUCUCUCACAAGAAGUCAGAGCUCGCCUCCUUCGCCCUAGCAAACCCAAUGGCCGAGAAGUAAGAGUCCUCGAGGAAGCUACCCGCAAUCCAAGCAUACGCGACGACCGAUAUCGAUCUUCGACAACCUCAAUCCUAAGAGCAAACGGCUCGCUCUCCAAUACUAAUGGAGCCACCACCAUCGGCAAUGGGAACGGGAGAAGGACAGUGGCCGGAAACAGAAGAUACUUCGUAUCCGCCGACGAUGGCCAAGAGUGGCCUCCGGAGCUGAAUGAAUACAACAACAAGUUCUCCAAGACCCUCCAACACAUCAAACGGCGGCACGACGCCGUCGUAACGACGGUCGCACAGGGGAUCCUGGAAUACAAGCGCAAACGCCAACGCAUGCAAAUCGAUUCGAACAUCCAAUCCUUCCUCGAUCGUUUCUACAUGUCCCGCAUCGGCAUCCGCAUGCUCAUCGGCCAACAUGUCGCCCUCACCGACCAAACACACGUCCACCACCCCAACUACGUCGGCAUAAUAUGUACAAAAACCAACGUACGCGAACUGGCCGAGGAGGCCAUCGAGAAUGCCCGCUUCGUCUGCGAAGACCACUACGGCCUCUUCGAUGCGCCCAAGGUGCAGCUGAUCUGCAAGCCGGAUCUGAAUUUCAUGUACGUCCCCGGCCACCUAUCGCACAUGCUCUUUGAGACAUUGAAGAACUCGCUGCGGGCCGUGGUGGAGACGCAUGGGGCGGAGAAGGAGGCGUUCCCCGUUACGAAAGUGAUAGUUGCGGAGGGGCGGGAGGAUAUUACCAUUAAAGUCUCGGAUGAGGGUGGUGGGAUUCCGCGCUCGUCCAUCCCGCUUGUGUGGACGUAUAUGUACACGACCGUUGAUCAGACACCGAAUCUGGACCCAGAUUUCAAUAAGAGUGAUUUCAAAGCGCCGAUGGCUGGGUUUGGGUAUGGGUUGCCUAUUAGCAGGCUUUAUGCGAGGUAUUUCGGCGGGGAUUUGAAGCUGAUUAGUAUGGAGGGCUACGGCACCGACGUCUACCUUCAUCUCAACCGCCUCUCCUCCAGCUCCGAACCGCUCCAGUGACAAUUACCGGUGAUGAGGGAUGGCCAGCCGCUCGUGAGCUCCUCGCGACACUUCUACCCGUUGCUGCAUGAUACAUCGCCAUCACCAUUAUCAUUAUCAUCAUCAUCAUCAACCCGCUCGCGAGUGGUAUCCCAAGGAUUGAC